AUUAAAUAUUAUCAGAUAUGGUCACAAAUGUAAGUAAGAGAAGAUGGGAUUUUUUUUUUUUUUAACUUAUCACCCUGUCUUUUUCCAUCGCUUCCUUUGCAGGGAGAAGGCCAUUAAGAAAGAAAAGAUGAAUUUCAUUAGCAUAACUAACAACAGAGUCAGUUGAGGGGAUCCAGAAAGUAAUCAUGGACCUUAUAGAUGAGUUUAAAGAUGAAUUCCCUACCAUCCUCAGAUUAUCACAAUCUAAUCAGAAAAGAGAACCCAUGCGGAAACCAUCCAAAAUCAGAAUGGCCAUCGCUUUAGCCAAGAUCAACCGAGGAACAUUAAUUCAAGGAUUAAACACCAUUUCCAGAUCCUCCAAAUCAGUUGCCAAACUUCUGCAGCCUCAGCUUGCUUGCAGACUUUUAGAGUUGAGGGCCAUAUCUCAUCGUUUGCUCAAGGAAGUUAAUGCACCAAGGCAACCCCUGUAUAACGUACAGGUCAGAAAGGGGUCUUUGUUUGAAAUCAUUUCUUUCCCAGCAAAGACUGCUUUAACUAGCAUAAUGUGCGCUUCAUAUGCAGCACUCAUUUAUUUGACAGUCUGUGUUAAUGCUGUGCUGGAGAAGACAAUGAAAAUUUUCCAAGAAGAAGAAUCUAUAAGGCAAAACAGAGAGGAAAGUGAAAAUUUUAGAAAUGCCUUUUCGGAGCCUGUGCUUUCUGAGCCUCUGUUUCCCGAAGGUGAAAUCAAAGCAAAACCUUACAGGUCGUUACCAGAGAAGCCAGACGGUAUUUCUGAUCGCCCCAAACUUCCUGCUAAUAAGUUGAGUAAUAAGAUUCAGGUUUUACAUUCUGUGUUUGACCAAUCAGCUGAAAUGAAUGAAUGAGCAAAUCUGAACUUAAAUAUCACUGAACAGAGCUUAAGCAUUAUCCUAAUGACAUAACUAGGAAACUAGUUUUUAUGUUCUGACUGCUCUGCUUUGAAAAAAAAUGGGGGCGGGGGAGGACUAUUGAUAAAAUGUCAUUCUCAAGUAUUUACAUGAUAGAGAAAAUAAAAUGAAUCAAUGUUGACUAUGUGAUAUUUUUUAAUGAACAAGAAAACGUACCCUUUGGUAAGUUAGACUCUAUGUGAUGGUUUAUAAUAUGGACAUAUUUAUAAUACAUUUAUGUUUAUAUUAAAGACUUUAGAGUAUCUUUCUGAUUAUUUAUCUGGGAGGGAAAAAACCAUCCCUAUUAAAAUGCUACAUAUCUUUUUCAGAGAUAAUAAAAGGAUAUAUAUUUUCUAUCUACAGGCUGCAUAGUUUGAGUUUCCCUAUUAGUUGUUUUAAAACUCAUCUAUAAAGUUAUGAAAGACUUGAAAUUCAUAGAUGUAAAUUUAUAUUGUUUACAAAUCUGAUGAGAAGAUGUCUAUAUAUGAGAAUGGGAUGUGGCAUGACAUUUGUAUUUCCCCAUCUAGAGGAACAGAUUAAAAACCAGAAACCAAGUCCAUGUUACUCAUUGUUGCCACUGGAUCCUCAGGAAAAAAUGCUUCUGUGAUUGGUCCCACAAACCAGGGUCAUGGUUUUUGCCUGCUGGAGGUACUUUGGUUUCUUCCAUGCAUUUUCAAUUCUGGACAUGUGUUAAGUCAUUGGAGGAUCAGUGCCUGAUAUAAUAGACCGGGAUGUAUCCAUUCCAGAGAUGGUACAUUUUUUGUACCUGGUGGGUAACUGCUGCUGUAAAUAGUAUUUAUAAAAAACCCAGACCUGGCUCACUGAUAGUCUGUUGAAAGCAAGUGUUGGAAUAUGGGUAGCAUGUGGCAAUAUAUCAGAAAAAAUAUAAUAUAUAGCAAAAGGCUCUAUAAGCACAGCCUUAAUGAUACCUAUUUUAUUCACUUAUUAUUUUUACAAUAGCCAAGAGAAAGGAUCCAAGUGGACCCCUUAGAAUACUAAGGCUUAAUUCAGCCCUGUGUCACUAAGAAAAUUACUGUGGUUUGAGACUAAGUUCCAGUAUUGACAAAAAGCUUUUCUCAUUCUGAAUUCAUAAUCUGUUCCUCAUAGUUCUUUCUGGUCCCACUUAUUCUUAUAUUCUACCAUGUGCUGCUGAGUUUUAGAUGAUCAGUACCCAGGGAUUUAUAAUACAGCGUGGGCACAAGGCAACCAGAGGAUGAUAGCCAUAAAUAACUGGCGUGGAAAAAGCAGGGUGAACUAACUUAACACAGGCCUACGAACUCAGAAGAAAAGACUCUGUAUCCUGCUCUCUGUGACAUUUAUAUGGCACUUGGUUGUAUAUACAUGUGCAAAAUUCUAUACAAAUAAAAAUUUUUUUAAAAUGUUA